AUGGCACCACUUAAGGAUUGGAUGGACAAGCGCAGUGAACGCAAGCAAGCAGCAAAAGCUAACAACGAUGGCAAGUCACGACCAGAUGAAGAGGCGCACGACCCGAAAGUCACGACAACUGAGCCGGAACGCGUCGCUCUCGAUGACUUCAGCAACAUCCCACCACCUCCGAAAAGCAGAGCGCGCGGUGAUCGGCUUGUCCCGCCUACAUCAGGACUUUCGCAGAGGAACAAGGGUGGCUCGCAGACUCAAGCUAGACCAUCAAGCUCCGCUUCACCAGCACCGAACAAGACUCGGACGCCAUCACCAAAAGGUAGCGCCUUCUCAGAACACUUCGACCGCCAGUCCCCUAAGACGGUGACUCGCGUCAACGGUGUCGAAUUCGAAAUGUCGAUCACCUCUGAACACGGCCAUCGACCGGGCUCGAACAACGAGGGUGACCGCAGCGACAUCAAGCCUCGACGCUCGAGCAGAUCGCAGACCCGGCGGCAGGAGCGCGCAGACUCUCACCAGAUGCUCGAUGAAGAUGCCGCCAAAAUGAACGGCGACCUUGACCUCACGCUCAACAUGCCAGACAGCCUCCAAGUCGGCAGAAAAUUCAAUGCCGGCACCCCUUCGCCACCCGCACAGGACAACGACUCAUUACAGCGACCCACCAGCCCACGCAGCGGCCUCGACGAAGCCCUUCGCCAGCUAUCAUCCAUAACAUCAGACCCAUCAACCACCAACACCGAGCCCCUCCCCUCAACCAACAAUAAGAACAUCGCCACCGCCGUCACCACCAGCCCCUCCCGCUUCGGUCCCUCCCCCUUCAUGCAACGCCUCCGCGGCUCCCUCUCCAAACCAACCACCAACGUCCCACCCAGCUCGCCCUCUCCACCCCUUUUCACCCCACCCGCCGACACCGAGCCCGACUUCACAAAGUUCAUCCCAACAGACCACCCCACCGUCGCCGUCCGGCCUCCCGUCUACGACCUCUCAAAGGCCCCAGCGCAGCAGUGGGAGAGUGAGCUCGGCUCGACGAGUUGUCCAGCCAGAGCCUGGGACUGGACGAAGCGGUGGACGUGCUGUCAGUGUCAGGGUCAGACGAUUGUGGAGCAGAUUGUAUGUGGGAAUUUGCAGUGUGUGCAUGAUCGGUGUCCGGAGAAGUGUAGGGUGAUUAAGUGGGCGAGGCCGAAGGGGGAUUGGGUUAUGAAGCCGUAG